UGUUAUUCUUUAGUGUUCAGCUAGCAUUAGUCAGGCACAUUUUUUUCUCCGUUACUUAGCUAAAAGAUUCCCUUAAAACGUGCAGACCUCCACCUCACCGUAUCAGCCCUUCAGUCCUUCUCAGCUUUUUCAUAGGUGGAGGCUCCUCCCUGUCUCUAAAAAAGUAGCAAAAGGCCAAAGUUUGCAGCUAGAUAAUGGAGGGGUAGAAUUACAUGAGUCACAUGGCAGAGCUCAGUCUCUGAGUAAUGAAACAGGACACUGUUGAAGGAAAAGUCAGAAGAGUUGAAACAUAAACACACAGAGGAAAGGAGGGAAACAGAGAGUAGCAAAAUCUCUCAGCAGGCAGCUUAAAAGACCCAGGUAACAGGCAGCAGCUCUGGAAGCCUCUGGUGCCCAGGUGGACAUCUAGCUGGAGAUAGAGAGAAGAGGCCGGAGAUGGUCAGAGAGACGGACAAGCCAAGACUCAUAAAAUAAUCCUCUGGCUCAGAAGGCGCCUAAAGUGAUCACUGGAUUUCAGCCAUGUGGAAAGCUUACGUGGAAAUCUUGACGCUCUGUGUCCUUCAGACCAGUGCUCUGGAGAAGUUUACCGCGGCCGUGUACGAGCACUCUGUGAUAUUGCCCAUUAGAACCUCCACACCUGUUUCCUAUGAAGAUGCCUUAAGUUUGAUGAACCAAAACAUUGUUGUUUUGGAGAGAGCUAUCAUGUCGGCAGCUGAACAGGGGGCUCAUAUCAUUGUGACUCCAGAAGAUGGCAUCUAUGGGUGGUCCUUCACCAGGGACACCAUCUACCCCUACCUGGAGGACAUCCCGGACCCUCAGGUCAAUUGGAUUCCGUGCACUGACCCCAACAGAUUUGGACACACACCAGUGCAGGAACGACUGAGCUGCCUCGCCAAGAACCACUCCAUCUACGUGGUGGCCAACAUGGGAGACAAGAAGCCGUGUAACGCCACUGACUCCCAGUGCCCCGGGGACGGCCGAUACCAGUACAACACCAACGUGGUCUUUGGUGCAGAUGGGAAGCUAGUGGCACGUUACCACAAGCAACACCUCUUUCUCAACGAAGAUCAGUUUGACACUCCCAAGGAGCCAGAGUUUGUGACGUUCAACACAUCUUUUGGAAAAUUUGGCCUUUUUACCUGCUUUGAUGUCCUCUUCCAUGACCCGGCAGUGGCUCUGGUGAGCAGAUUUCAGGUGGACACGGUGCUGUUCCCGACAGCCUGGAUGAAUGUCCUGCCACUCUUUUCUGCGGUGGAAUUUCACUCAGCUUGGGCAAUGGGGAUGGGAGUCAAUUUUCUGGCUUCCAAUACCCAUAAUACCAGUAACCGUAUGACAGGCAGUGGUAUCUACGCCCCAGAUUCUCCCAAGGUCUACCAUUAUGACAUGAAAACAGAGAAUGGAAAACUCCUCGUUUCAGAACUGGCCUCACAUCCCCGCCUCUCCCCCACUUACCCACUGGCAGUGAAUUGGAGCGCCUACGCCAGCAGUGUGGAAUCGUUCCCUGUGGAGCAGAAAGAAUUUAAAGCCCCUCUUUUUUUUGACAUGUUCACAUUCAGGGAACUUGCCAAAGACACAGGAAAUUACACAGUGUGUCAGAAAGACCUCUGCUGUCAUCUAAGCUACAAGAUGGCAGAGAAGAGAACAGACGAAGUCUACGCUCUUGGUGCUUUUGAUGGGCUUCACACCGUUGAAGGGCAAUAUUAUCUGCAGGUAUGCACUGUGGUAAAGUGUAAAACUACCAGCUUGAAAACUUGCGGGGAACCAGUGGAAACUGCUCUGACCAAUUUUGAAAUGGUAUCCUUAAGUGGCACGUUUGGGACUCCGUAUGUCUUCCCGGAGGUUUUGCUAAGCGGUAUCCAGCUUGCCCCAGGAGAAUUUCAGGUGCUAAGUGAUGGGCGUUUGGUAAGCCAGAAUGGACUAUCUAAACCUGUGUUAACAGUGACUCUCUUUGGGAGAUGGUAUGGAAAGGACUCAGCCACAGAUUCUUCAGUGGAUUUCAUCGGAAAAUCAUUCACGAUGAUAGUAGUGAUGCUGUGUUCCUGUUACGCAUUCAUCAACUGAGAUGGAAAAUUGUAACAGUGUAUUUCUUCUACCGUUCUUUUAGCUCCUGGCUGUUGGAGGGAAGGAGAGAAUUCCUAUCAGCCUGCCCUCAUCAAUGCUACUGCAUAAAUGAAGGGGAAUUCCAAGCCCAAUCUAAUGCCCAUGCUUUUCUUUACUUAGUGAUGAACGAUCGUUAAAUCAAAAUAGCACACCUGUUGGUAAUGGAGCUGGAAGGUUUUUUGGCAAGAACUGCUCUCUCUUUUGAAAAAGACACAAUGAUGACAUUAAACCACACUAGCAGUCAUUUAAGAGCACUAUUUUUCCUCUGUGUCAUGGGUGUGUGUUGAUUUGCAACAUACAGCAGUGCCCUUCAUGACUGUUAUUUUACUCAGGAAGUAAUAAACAUCCAAAUGGCUCGUCUUGGUAAGCCUUCUUAAAAUGUUUUUUUUCUUUUUAGAGCUCUGCUGUCAUAUUCUGAAUGGUGUAUUCCAUCUCUCUUCUUUAUGGAUAUUAUCAGUUAAAAACUUGAAUUCUUGGGUGUUAGAGAAAUGGAACACUGGAAAACAUUACCUUUAUAAAAUACCAUUCAUACAGUCCUGUGUGUUUAAGUGGAAUUGUUGCAAAGCAGGUGACAUACCUCCAUGUGGACAAUAUAAGCUCAGCAUGUUAUUUCUAAGACAAGAGAGUCAAACCCAAUGAUCUCUUUUCUUUUUCAAGCUCUUCUGUCAUAUUCUGAAUGGUGUACUUCAUUUCUCCCCUUUAUGGAAGUUACCAGUUAAAAACUUUGAUACUUGGGCAUUAGAAAAAUGUACCUUUUAUGCACAGUGUCUACAUUUGCUCGAGUUGGAAUAUAUCUUUCUCAUGGACUGGGUAAUGCAAUCAGUAAAGAUUACAGACAUGACUAAGCCAAAGAGCUCAAUCCAGAGACUUGAUCAAAGAACUGAGCGAAGAAUGUGAUGGUCAGAGCUGGUCUGUGCAGUGUAGGAAAUGACACCUCUUUUGUGAUACAUUGGUAUAUUAUUUAUCCCAAAUUGAGGCAGGAUGGUCUACUAGAAGGGAAAAGGUACCACUACAGGGAUUUUAAAACCUUACAGGGGAUUGAAUAUUAUGACAGGCAGUGGGGAGCAGGUAAUAGAAGCUCGGUGUUUUAGCAACUCUAUCAACAGGAGCAGCUGAAGAGAGGCCCAGGCUCUGAGGCAUGAGAAUAAGUUUCUUUAUGUCAAGUUUAUUGCUGCUCUUACUGCUGUCUACUCCAUCAGAAGGACAGCUGAGAGAGAGAGAGAGAGAGAGAGAGAGAGAGAGAGAGAGAGAGAGAGAGUGUGUGUGAGAAAGAGGAAUUGACUGGAGGAGAGGUGUGCCAGGAAGAACAUGUGGGAUGGGCCACAGGAUUACAGCAUUUCAGAAAAACUAAGGGCACUCAGGCUGUGGAAAUUUCAGAGGUUUAUGGUUUUGUCAAUAACCUAGACAAACACAGAUAAUUUGGAAGGGAAAAUUGAAAAGUUUCCUAGAGGCAAGGGAGGAAACUGGACAGUUGGAGGUCUGCGGACUGUACUGACAUUUAGGGAGUGAGAUGAAGAGUACGAGUUGUGCACGUACUGUUAGAGGACCUAGCUCUCUGACUUUAUUUCCAAUUUGGAAAACUGCUCCAAUGUAGAGUUUCGGUGAAUCUCACAGGAAGAGCUCUCCCAAGGUAAAUAGUUCAUUCUUUGGAACUUUGACCUCCAGUCAAAGCAAACAAAUACCACCUGUCAAUGAUGCGAGAGAUCAAACACUGAGCAGACAGUGUCUUGUCAAAUGUUUUGUCUUGAUAGUGGAAGGGUGAAGACUCCAGCCGAACUAUGAAAACCUUACCUUUACAAAAUGCCAUUCAUAUAGUCCUGUAUAUUUAAAUGAAAUUGUGGCAAAGCAGAUGACAUCAUACCUUUGUGUGGAUAAAGUGCAUCGUCUUUUUUCUAAGACAAGAGAGUUAAACUUGAUAUCUUUUAUAUAGAGCUCUUGCAAGGAGCCUGUUUUUAUAGUAAGAUUUUGAUAGACUAUAAAAUAAUUAGCAAGGCUGCAUUGCUUUGAAGAAAAAGCCAAGGACUGUUAGGAGAACUGGGUUCGAGUCCCAGCUCUUGCCUUACACGUGACCUUGAGGGAGACAUUUAUCUUUCCCGUGCCUCAGUUUCCUCAUCUGUAAAAUGGAGAUAAAACACUCCUUCUUCCCCCUUAGUCUGGGAGCCCCACUGGGGAAGAUGGACUGUCCUAUCUGAUUAUCAUGUAUCUGUGCUCAUCAGGGGGCUUGGAAGUCCUUAUUAAAUAGCAUCAUUGUCAUUAUUAGAGGAAGUAAGGAAAGUCAAUAUUCUCUCAAAUGCUUUCCAAGUAAAUAUACUAUGUAUCUGAUUUAAUUUAAUCAAGAAUAUAGUGAUAUAAUCUUUUUAAUUUCACUAUCCAUGUGGAAAUGUAAUGAACAAAUACAGAGAAAAGAGACUGUUUUGAGAACCAUAGGAACUACUAUCAUUUGAUGAUAAUCUCAUUCCUAUAAAGUAUAUUGUAGACUUUGCCUAGAAAUGUGUUGGAUACAACUACCAUUGAAGUAAUAACAAGCAAUAAAAACCAAUAAAAUCUUAUUUUUGAAAUAUCCUAAGGGAUAAAAGCAUCACACUUAGCAGUGUGGCUGAGUGGAAAGAGCACGGGCUUGGGAGUUAGAGGUCAUGGGUUCAAAU